AUGUCGUUCAACGACCUCGAACGAGGCUCGUCGGCCAGGGGCUCGUCCAACAACCGCAACACCCCGCUCCCCCUCUACCGCGACUACCCGUCCGACACCGCAGCCGCCGGCGCAUCCUCGUCGUCAUCCUCCGCAGCGUCGCAUCCGCCAGACCCCGAAUUUGAGCGCCUGGCAAAGCGCAUCGGUAUCCAGAUCUUCAAGAUCCAGUCCAACGUCACCGCCAUCCAGAAACUCGUCUCCCUCCUCGCCAACCCGCCCUCGGCCUCGCCGGCAAAGCCAAACGCCCACAACCACGACUUCACAAAGCGCAUCCACGACCUGACCGAGACGACGCGCGACCUCAUCAAGGACGGCACCGCCGACAUCAAGACCCUCUCGACCUUUCCCCUCCCCGCAUCCGACGCCCGGUCACGCACCUCGCCCGCAAAGCUCACCCAGGCAAAGCUGCAGCGAGACUUCCAGGCCGUCGCCCUCUCGUUUCAGCGCGCCCAGCGCGAGAGCGUGCAGCGGACAAGAGAGGCUCUCGAGGGAGAACGCCAGCGCGACAAGCAGCAGCGAAGGAGCCAGGCCGCAUCCAAGGCAGCGCUCGCAGACGAAGACGCGGCCGACGACGACGACCAGCACGGCGCACCCCUCGUCGAGCUCGACUCGGCCGCCGCCGCGGCGGGCCAGCAGCAGGCGCAGCAGCUCGACCUGAUCCAAGGCCCAUCGCAGGCCGACCUCGAGUUCCAAGAGUCGCUCAUCGCCUCGCGCGAGGCCGAGAUCCGCGAAAUCGAGUCGGGCGUCCAGGAGCUCAACGAAAUCUUUCGCGACCUAGGCAACAUUGUCCAGGAGCAGGGCGGCAUGAUUGACAACAUCGAGUUCAACAUCACCACGAUUGCCGACAAUACCGAGGGCGCCGACCGCGAGCUCGUCGUGGCGCACGAGUACCAGCGCAAGGCGGGCCGCCGCGCCGCCUGCCUGUUGCUCAUCGUCGGCUUCGUCGUCGCCGUUGUCCUGCUUGCCAUCCUCAACUGA